CUCUAUGUUUUUCAUUGCAUUCACUGUUUUUGUAUUGCAUUUCAAUGCGAACUCUUUGUCCGAUUCAGUGACCCAUUGAUCUCUCGCCGCAGAUAAUCGCCGACCCGUUGGUCACCCGAAGGCAUGUCUGCCCGCAGGAGAGGCCGCUCUCAGGACAGCGCCAGCGACUGGAGUAUCGGAUCCCAUGACCACAAAGACACGAAAAUAGGCGACAAACUCGCGGAUAGGAGUCAUCACUCCGAGAAUGAAGCCUUCCUCCAGUCAUUUGAAAAACCGACACAAAUAUACCGAUACUUAAGAACUCGUCACUUGGUUUCCCCCAUAUUUCUGAACCGAAACCUGUAUUAUAUGAAACACCGACUGAACCGAAGUCGUGGUAAACGGCGCCGCGAUUUCAGUGUCGAUAUCGGGUCUGAAGAUUACUCGGCGGUAACGGUGGAGACAUCGCUGCUGAAGAUGGGUCACCAGAAGCGCAAAGACGUGUUGGCGCCUGUCUAUCAAUAUUUAGUCGGCUCGUGUGACAUACAGGCGGACGGCGACGACGAGGUGGACAUCUGUCAGACCGUCUAUAAGAGCGAAUUGUGUGAGCAAUCAAACGCUCAGAUCGUGAAGCAGUGGUCGUACUCCUUGCUGUUCAUCGUCUCCUUUCACGCGCCGCAACUGAACGGCAAUUGUGUUGAAAGUGAUAAACAGGAGAACGACAUGUCUUUGAUGAACGACAAUACCAUCAACUGUUUGGCCAAAAGGCGCCGUUUGGACGACGCGGCGAACGUCUCCUACUUCAAGACGGAACUCGUGAUAUACGACAAACACCAGAACUGUCACCUGACGGACGGCGAGUACACGGCUGUCCUGCAGCCCUGCGCGCCCCCCAAAGCCAACAAGUUUGGCAAAUACGGAAAAUACUCGAAAUGGCAGGAAAUCAGCGCCGAAGAUGUGGACAGCCUGUCGCUCGAGGACCCGAACAAACAGUACGGCUCGAUGGAGGUGUUCCGCAAGGGUCCGGUGCUUAAGUUCAAGCUGUCGUGGAGUUCCAAUCAGCCCUCCGUCAGUAUUAAUGGUCUCAACCACUGCCUGUCCAACAAUAAUGAGAACGACUCGGGCAUCGGAAACAACAUGAGCGACAACUCCAGCAAUCAGUCAUACAAUGGCUGCCUCUCAUCCACCGGCGGUUCCCUCAAACACCAGGGCAACGGUCUGUCGCCGCCGGCGCCCAAGAAGUCGUUUCGAGUCAUCUACCAGUUCUUGUUCAACAACAACACCCGCCAACAGACCAAACCCCAGAACGACCUGUGCUGCCCCUGGUGUUCACUCAACUGCCAACUACUCUAUUCACUCAUAAAGCAUCUCAAGUUAUGUCACUCGCGGUUUGUAUUCAAUUACGUGCCGGACAUCAAAUGCGCGCGAAUUGACGUCGCGAUCAACGAGUGCUACGACGGCUCGUACGCCGGCAACCCUCUCGACCUCUCCGUCAACACCGGGUUCGCCUUCAGCCGCAACGGACCCGUCCGUCGCAAUCCCGUCACUCACGUGAUUGUCUGUCACCCGAAACGCUAUCCGCAUUGUCUCAGCGAAUUCGAUGAGCCCGACGACGAGGAUGGCACUAACGGCCGGACGUACAUCUCGGGCCACAAUCGACUCUAUUAUCACACGGACUCGUGUCUACCCAUUAGACCACAAGAGAUGGAUUACGACAGCGAAGCCGAAAACGAUCCCAAAUGGAUGAAAGAGAAGACACAAAUGAUGAUCGAUGAGUUCACAGACGUUAAUGAAGGGGAGAAGGAAGUGAUGAAAAUGUGGAAUUUGCAUAUCAUGUCCAAUGGGUUUGUGGGCGACUGUCAAAUCCAAUUGGCGUGCACUAUGUUUGUGGAGCAAAAGGGCGAUGAGUUGAUCGCCAAGAAUUUGUACAAGAAUUUUGUGUUACAUUUAAACAAUUUGUGUGAUUUCGGAAUCCUAAACGCCGCGAGUUUUGCCGAAAUCGUUAAAACCUUAAACCAAAAACAAAUGGGUUGUGACCAACAGAGCCGCACUACCGAUGAUGAGAGCCGUGUCGGCGCAGCCGAGGCUAACGUACAGGCAAAGCGAUCUACCAUUCCUUUCAGGUCUAACUCAUCAUCGAUGUCCACAUUUGGCAACAGAAAUGUCCAAAAGAUCACAUUCGGAGCAAUUUUGCCCAAAACUUUAUUAAUCACAUUACAGCGACAAUACUAUAAGCGCCUAUUGGACGCAGUGGAAGGGCUGCUGAAGAAACAUCAGGCGAAGUACAACUUCACUAAUUACUACCAAAUAGCGGAGUCGCAGGUCGUGCUCCUGCCGUUAGCGCCCAGCCCUACGGAGAUCCUGUCAACGGUGUGCAAUCAACUGCUCGUGAAAAACAUCACAACCAUCCUAUAUAUGACAAACUCGGAGAUAUGGGGCAGUAAUGCCGCGUCCGCCCAAUACCUCAUGCAACUGACCGGUUAUAUCGGAAUACCAGUCAUCGCGUGGAACGCCGAUAAUAUAGGCUUAGAUCAGCGAGGAGUGGACUCCCGGAUCCUUCAGUUGGCGCCGUCCGUUGAACACCAGGCGUCGGCGAUGUUGAGUAUUCUUCGCCGGUAUUCGUGGCACGUCUUCUCCAUCGUGACGAGUGAUAUCGGAGGGCACGACCACUUCAUACGCGCCGUCAGGGAUAAGGUGCUGUCGAUAGACGACUUUCGGUUCAAUAUUCUGGACAUUUAUAUCAUCAAAAAGAACAACAAAGAGGAGAUCAUGGAAGAGCUACUGGCGCUGUCGGUGAGUGAGGCCCGGGUCCUACUACUGUACUCCACCAAAGAGGAGGCCUUUGAGAUUAUGGCGGCCGCCGAGGAGCUCAAGAUGACGGGCAAGAACUACAUGUGGAUCGUCACACAAAGCGUGUUGGGAGGCGGUGAUAAGGCACCGGGAUCAUUCCCGCCGGGAAUGUUAGGCGUUCAUUUCAAUACAACACACCAGAGAUUGUUGGAUGAGAUGGAGAGAGCGGUCACUAUCUUUGGACACGGAUUAGAGCUGUUUGUGAACGACCAGAAGAAUCUCAAUCUCAGUCUAUCGCCAAACCUGAGCUGCCAUGGAUCAGCUGAAACGAGAUGGAGUCGCGGAGACAUAUUCUUCAAUUAUUUGCGAAACAUAAGCGUUAAGACAAAGCACGACAGGUUUAACCUAGAAUUCAAUGCCGACGGAACUCUCAAAUAUGUUGAGCUCGAUAUCAUGAACCUAAACAACAUCGGGAUAUGGGAUAAGUUCAGUCUGAAAGUGAGUUUCCUGGAGGAGCCGCCGUUUAUAAACUCCGUGCCCCCUAAUAACGAGACGGGCGAGUGUGAGGUGAGUCGCGCCGUACGCUGUAAGAUAACAGAGCCGCCGAGCCUCGGUGGUAACAAGAGUUCAUCGGCGAGUCGUGUCCGGUAUAGUUGUUGCGCCGGAUUUUGUAUCGAUUUGUUGCAAAAAUUUGCCGACGAUUUGAAGUUCACGUAUGAGUUGAAUCGUGUGGAGGACGGCGCGUGGGGUGUACUCAUCAACGGCUCGUGGAAUGGCCUGAUAGCGGACCUACUGAAUCACAGGGCAGAUAUCGUGGUGACGUCCAUCAAAAUAAACUCCGAUCGCCAGAAGUACGUGGAUUUCACGGUCCCUUUCCUGGAGACGGGCAUCGCUAUAGUGGUGGCCAAACGAACCGGAAUCAUAUCUCCGAAAGCGUUUCUCGAGCCGUUUGACACCAUCUCAUGGAUAAUGAUUUUGCUGAUCAGUAUUCAAGUGUCGGCGUUCGCUAUAUUCCUAUUUGAAUGGCUGAGUCCAUCGGGUUAUGAUAUGAAUCUCGUCCCCCCGAGAGACCAUAAAUUCUCAUUAUUCCGGACCUAUUGGUUGGUUUGGGCCAUACUUUUUGGUGCAGCCGUUCACGUAGACUGUCCUAAAGGAUAUACAGCCAGAUUUAUGGCCAACACGUGGGCCACGUUUGCGGUCGUAUUUCUGGCCAUAUAUACGGCUAAUUUGGCGGCGUUUAUGAUAACACGGGAAGAGUAUCACGACUUCACAGGUCUGGAGGACCGGAAGCUCCAGAACCCGCGACUCCACGACCCGCCCCUCAGGUUCGGGACCCUUCCGUACGGCAAUACGGAAGCGGUGCUCAAGCAAAACAAGCCUAAAAUGCACGCAUACAUGAAGCCAUACAACAAGACGUCGCCCAUUAUAGGCGUUCAGGCCGUAAAGAAGGGAGAACUCGACGCUUUCAUAUACGAUGCCGUAGUGUUGGAUCAUUUAGUCGGGGAUGACAGUGAUUGUGGACUGUUAACUGUCGGGAGCUGGUAUGCCAUGACUGGCUAUGGCUUCUCGUUGCCAAAGAACUCCAAAUAUCUCGAGAGGUUUAACAAAAAGAUGAUUGAAUACAGGGAAUCAGGUGAUUUGGAAAGACUUCGCAGAUUCUGGUUUCAGGGCGCCUGUAAAUCACAGAAAAAUAAACGCAAUAUUAGUAAACCGUUGGAUAUAAACCAAUUUAUGAGCGCUUUUCUGUUGCUCGGCUGCGGUAUACUAUUGACGGUAGUGUUGCUGGCGUUAGAGCACCUGUACUUUAGGUAUUGCCGGCAGCACCUGGCCAAGACUGAUAGGGAUGGCUGCUUCACGCUUGUCAGCCUGAGUAUGGCCCGGUCGCUGAAGUUUCCUCAAAACGAUGGCAGAUAUACGUACCGCCACUGCAAUGAUCCCAUUUGUGACACGAAACGUCGGCUGACACUACAGGAACUGGAUGUUACGAAAUCUAAGUUAAGACAACUUCAAAGUGAAUCCACCUCUUCUGAUAUGGGGCCCCAGAAUAAGCACUAUUUGCACAUUAAUAGUGUGGCAAAUGAGUCCUACUCUAAGGCCAGGGAUAUGACCCGAACUGUGUUGACGACCAACGAUCCGACCAUUUAUGGGCCGAAGAAGUCGAAAGCGGUCGCCGUAUCCGAGUUCGAGACCAACUGUUUUGGUCCGGAAGUCAAUGAAAUAGUUUCGGCAAUAUUUCACUCAAUUGUCUUCUAUAGGUGUUAUGGAAAGUUUCACUACAAACACGAGGACUCGUAUUCAAUCGGGACUCUCGGCUACGAAGAGAUUGCCUGUGAUUUCAUAGACUUUACUUAUUUUCACUACAAACACGAGGACUCGUAUUCAAUCGGGACUCUCGGCUACGAAGAGAUUGCCUGUGAUUUCAUAGACUUUACUUAUGUCAGAAUAUCAUCACCACAACUGAUCGCAACCAUAAACAAAGAGAUAAAAGAGUUUGUCGAUAAACUGAGACAAGAGAACAGUCACACGACUACCGGUGCCAUCAGUUUGGAGUUCUACUCGCGUCGGAGGGGUCGUUGGCCUUUCAAUGACGCGCCGCUUGUGUGGGAGAUAUGGACCGUCAAAGUGAACUGUGAUAGGGAUAGAGGUAUAUGCGUGAGAGUGGGGGAUGAGUGGGGGAAAGGGAUGGCGAACUGCCACUGGAGUCUCACUUUAGCUCCGCGACUCGUAUCUCGUCAAAGCAAUGAAAGUCAACAAAAGGGUCGAAUCGAGGAGUUAUUAUUGGAGAAAUUGGUGACAAUCGUGCAGAUAAUGAAUAGCAGUAAAAGCUAUUUACCGCAAAUGCCUAAUCAACAGCACUCGGACACCAUAUUCGAGACCAAUUACACCGACGUUCAGCCCUAUAUAUUCAAGAUAUCUCAUUCAGUGGGCGCCGCAGCUAACACACCAAUGAUGGCAACUCAAGGCACGGGCGAUGGGAGCGCUAUCAAGAAGUUCUUUAGGGAAACGCUAGCCCUUUGAGAAACACGAGUACUCCCUAAACACUUGAAUUGAUUUGAAUGCACACCCGAUGUCACACUUUGUUGACUAAUUAAUAUUUUAUUGUAUUUCGAGAGAUAAUUCAAAUUAAAGAAAAUUCAAUUUAUAGAAUAUUUAAUA